ACUUCAAUCUGUCACUCCAUUCGUCUAUGAUCAACAAAUAAUGACAUCCUCAAACAAACAGUUCAAUUGAUAAUAAUUGAUACACAUUUUUUCGGUUAAUUUAUGAGAAUUGCCACACAAACAAACUGUUUUAUUUGUAGCUAAUUGAAUUACUACCCGAAAUUGUAUUUCAUUCCUUGUCAAACCCCAGAAUAUUAUAAUGUCUACCCCUAAAACGAAAGUUGAAGGUGAAAAACAUGCAGAGAUUGGAGAUGCCGAGGAUCUCGAUAGGGCUGGUGAAUCUGCACCUACAGUGAAUGAAAUUAUGAUAAUCGACCCAGAUACUCUGGAACUAGAUCUAAAUCACGGGAGGAUUGGGAAAAUGCAAAAUCUAGAACCUUUACGAAACAUAGAAAGGUUAUAUUUACGAUGGAACUUCAUAAAAAAGAUAGAAAAUAUUGAGACACUCACUACUCUUGUUGAAUUGGAACUGUAUGAUAACCAAAUCACAAAAAUCGAAAAUUUGCAUACAUUAGUUAAUUUGGAGAUGUUGGACUUGUCAUUCAACAAAAUCAAAGAGAUUGAAGGACUUGAACAUAAUUUGAAUUUGAAAAAAUUAUUUCUAUCUUCGAAUAAAAUUCAUAAGAUAAAGAACGUGAAACACUUGAAAAAUCUUGAGUUGCUAGAGUUAGGUGAUAAUAAACUUAGGGAAAUUGAAAAUAUUGAUGGUAUGACAUCACUUUCUCAUCUUUAUCUGGGCAAAAAUAAGAUAGCCAAGAUACAAAACCUUGAGACCUUAUCUAACCUCAGAUGUCUCAGUUUACAAAGUAACAGAUUAAAACAGAUUGAGAAUUUGAACGAUCUAGUCAAUUUAACAGAGCUCUAUUUGUCUGAGAAUAUUCUUACGAAAAUUGAGAAUCUUGAUAAUAACAUAAAAUUGGAAACUUUGGAUUUAGCUCAAAAUAAAAUAACCAUUAUUGAAAAUUUGGAGCAUUUAGCUGAACUUGAGGAGUUAUGGAUGAAUGAUAAUGAUAUAUCAGAUUGGGCAUCUCUUCAAAGUUUGGAAAACAACAAGAAGAUAGCCACAGUUUAUUUUGAAAGAAAUCCCUUUUCUCAAGAUCCAAUGUACAGACCAAAAUUAAGGAGAAUUAUGCCAUCUCUAACUCAAAUUGAUGCAACCCUUUGUCGUUAAAUUAAAACAAAUAUACUAUAAUUAAGUGUAACAUCAUUAAAUUUUCAUAACACCUAACAUAAGUAUCAUGAGUUGGCAACUACUAAUUUUGUUGAAAAACUGUGCAUUCAGUAAUUUUCUGUUUCAGUUGAUUCAAGAAAAUUUAUUCUUCAUUAUUCGGGUUUCUGCAUGAAAUGAAAAUAUUAUUAGAAUUUUUGUUGUAUGUAUUGUAAGAUAUUAAAGUAUUUUAAAAAU